AUGAACCUGUCAAACUGUGAUCUUAUGAGAGAUAUCGCCCAAUUCCCUCCAUUAUCUCUUCUUUUACUAUCCUUUUUAAUUAUCUCAAUUAUACUACUUCCAUUGAUGGGAUGGCUAAUUAUGCGCAUCGCCAAAAAUCCGUUGUACCACUUGAACACUCGAAUUUUGUUAAUUAUACAUUGUGGAGGCAUUUUUGUGCACUGUUUGGAUCGGUUGUUCCUUCACUCCUCGGAUCUUUAUAACUGGCAUGUUGCUAUGUAUAAAACAUCAUCUUGUGAUAUUAUUUCAACUAGUGAGAGAUGUUUUGGUCUCCGUCUAUUCCUAAACAUUGGAAUGUUUGUUGCAAUUUACACAAUGCCCACACUGGUAGUUGAAAGGUGUAUAGCGACAAGCCGAGUAGCUACGUAUCAGACAAAUCGAACAGCAUGGACAUGGUUGUUAAUGCUACAGACAUGUUUAGCCACCUGGUUCCUCGGACUCAUUUAUUCGCAAACCACAUUUGGAGGCACAACAGUUUAUUGCAUUGCCGCAAGGGAAGCGGUACCAUUCAACAUGCUCUUGGCGUUCUCCAUGUCAAUUAUCGUGCAAACAGUUUCAUAUUCUGGAUUCCGCUAUUUGAAACUAAAAUUCCAUCUUCAAAACCGUGGCUCCGCUCUCACCAAACGAUACCAAGUGGAAGAGUCGCUUCGUUCAUUGGAAACGAUUUCCCUUCCAAUCCACAUGAUGUACAUUUUCGAAGUGUUUCAUAGUCUUUCCUCAUUCUUAUUUCUCAACUUUAAUGCACUUAUGACAAGGCCCUGGUAUUAUUUUUGGAUGGAGUUGUCUGCAUGUCUUCCGGAGUAUGCUUUGGCAUUUUUCAUUGCAUUCGUUCUGCAGGAAAAGAAGUUGCAGAGGAAGGGAAGGAAUUCGCUGCGGAAGGAAAUGGAAGUGAAUCCGGACAACUACUUCGAUCAGUACAAAAAGGUUUGGACAAGUGGACAAUCUUAA